GCGCACCCGGCGCCCCGCGUCCCGCUGGUGGCGGGCGCCGAGCUCCGGCGGGAGGUCACCGAGGCGUCCCUGCAGCGGCCGCGCGCAGCCUGGCGGACCCAGCGCCGCCGAGCCGCCGCGUCCGCGAACGCCGGUCCCCGCGCUCCGCUUCGCCAGCUUUGACCGCUUGGCGCGCCGGCCCGGCCUGGGGCGCCUCCGCGCGGGUUCUGGGGGCUCAGGCGUCCACGUGCGCGUCCGCGAGGCUGCCCUCUACCAGCGCCCGGAAAGCAGACACCUGCUUUUGCCACGAUGCUCUCAUCCACGGACUUUGCAUCUGCUUCUUGGGAGCUCGUUGUCAGGGUUGACCAUCCGAAUGAGGAGGAGCAGAAAGACGUCACUCUGAGAGUGUCCGGAGACCUGCAUGUUGGGGGGCUGAUGCUCAAGUUAGUAGAACAGAUCAACAUAUCCCAAGACUGGUCAGACUUUGCCUUUUGGUGGGAACAAAAGCAUUGCUGGCUUCUGAAAACGCACUGGACUCUGGACAAAUAUGGAGUCCAGGCAGAUGCAAAGCUUCUCUUCACCCCUCAGCAUAAAACGCUUCGCCUCCGCCUGCCAAAUGUGAAGACAGUGAGAUUGCGUGUCAGCUUCUCAGCUGUGGUUUUUAAAGCUGUCAGUGAUAUCUGCAAAAUCCUGAAUAUUAGAAGAUCAGAAGAACUCUCCUUGUUAAAGCCUUCUGGUGACUAUUUUAAAAAGAAGAAAAAGAAAGACAAAACUAACAAGGAGCCCAUAAUUGAAGAUAUUUUAAAUCUGGAGGGGUCUCCAACAACUUCAGGUCCACCAGUAAGUCCUGGAUUAUACAGUAAAACCAUGACGCCCACGUAUGAUCCCAUCAGUGGAACGCCGGCGUCAUCCACCAUGACGUGGUUCAGUGACAGCCCUUUGACUGAACAAAACUGCAACAUCCUCGCAUUCAGCCAACCCCCCCAGUCACCAGAAGCAUUGGCUGAUAUGUACCAGCCUCGGUCUCUGGUUGACAAAGCAAAGCUUAACUCAGGUUGGCUGGACUCCUCCCGUUCCCUUAUGGAACAAGGCAUCCAGGAGGAUGAACAGCUGCUGUUACGAUUUAAAUACUACACUUUUUUUGACUUGAAUCCAAAAUAUGAUGCUGUCCGAAUAAACCAACUCUAUGAACAAGCCAGGUGGGCCAUUCUCUUAGAAGAAAUUGACUGCACGGAAGAAGAAAUGAUGAUCUUUGCAGCAUUACAGUAUCACAUUAGCAAACUGUCAUUGUCGGCUGAAACACAGGAUUUUACACAUGAGUCCGAGGUCGACGAAGUAGAAGCAGCACUCUCCAAUUUGGAAGUGACUCUAGAAGGUGGAAAAAUGGACAAUACCUUGGAGGACAUUACUGAUAUCCCUCAACUUGCAGAUAACCUCAAAUUAUUUAGGCCCAAGAAGCUAAUAUUAAAAGCUUUCAAACAAUACUGGUUCAUCUUUAAAGAUACAUCUAUAGCCUACUUUAAAAAUAAGGAACUUGAACAAGGAGAACCAGUAGAAAAACUAAAUCUUAGAGGCUGUGAAGUUGUGCCAGAUGUAAAUGUAGCAGGGAGAAAAUUUGGAAUCAAGCUACUAAUCCCUGUUGCUGAUGGUAUGAAUGAAGUAUAUCUGAGAUGUGACCAUGAGAAUCAAUAUGCCCAAUGGAUGGCUGCUUGCAUCUUGGCAUCGAAGGGCAAAACCAUGGCAGACAGCUCCUACCAGCCAGAGGUCCUCAACAUCCUUUCAUUUUUGAGGAUGAAAAAUCGGAACUCAGCAUCUCAGGUGGCUUCCAAUAUUGAAGCCAUGGACAUGAACCCUGAAUGUUUUGUGUCGCCUCGAUAUGCAAAAAAACUUAAGUCUAAGCAGCUGGCAGCCCGGAUCCUAGAAGCCCACCAGAAUGUGGCCCAGAUGCCCCUGGUCGAAGCCAAGCUGCGGUUCAUCCAGGCAUGGCAAUCUCUACCUGAAUUUGGCCUCACCUACUACCUUGUCAGAUUUAAAGGAAGCAAGAAAGAUGAUAUUCUGGGAGUUUCCUAUAAUAGGUUGAUUAGAAUCGAUGCAACCACUGGGAUUCCAAUCACAACAUGGAGAUUCACAAAUAUGAAGCAGUGGAAUGUGAACUGGGAAAUCCGGCAGGUGGCAAUCGAAUUUGACCAGAAUGUCUCCAUUGCAUUCACCUGCCUGAGUGCAGAUUGCAAGAUUGUGCAUGAAUACAUCGGUGGCUACAUUUUCUUGUCCACCCGGUCCAAGGACCAGAAUGAGACACUUGAUGAGGACCUGUUCCACAAGUUGACUGGUGGUCAGGACUGAAGCAAAGCAGAUCUGCCCACACAGAGGGUGAGCCAAGGACGGUCCUCCCUGGACACAUUGGAUCUUCAGUUUAUACAAUGUGUAGAGUCCAGACUGACAGACAACAUCGACUCACCACUGGUCCCUCAGAUGAGAAUCCUUGCCUCAUUUCAAAUACACUGCCGAGCAUACCCCUUUCCUUUCUCUGCCCUGUCCUACCAGUGAUGGAGGGGGCCUCAGUGGCCUUUUCUGUAAAAUGGGUGGAUAGAAGACAGGCUAAUACUCCAAGAUUACACUACAGCCCAGUAUGUAGCUGCAGUCCUAUGACUUCUAGAACCUGCAGGUAUAUGGCUAGAGGUCACCAGUGUGCCCUUCUGCCUUGUUGGUAAGUCAGCAGAAAGACAGAAAGGUUAAAAGCACAUGUAGCCAAGGAUAUAUCUUAUUCCCUAACUCAGGUAUAAAAAGCAAUUUGUCUUUCCUUAACAGUAC